AUGCCCAACCAAGUCUCAACAGCAGAACCUUCCAUCUCGCCGCGCUCGUUGCCAACAGUCUCACUAAGCGAUGCUCACUUUCCUUUUGCACCGCCUCCGAGAUCCUUGAUUCGCGAUGAGGUCUGGAGCUCGGUGGACCGAUUUCGGAAUGACUUGGACACGAUGGCUGGAUCAGGUGAGGCAAUUACGGUCAACCGCCAAUUAGUUUGA